GGCCAGCGCUGCUUGCACGGUCCCUGCCUGCGUGCAGAGCGAUUCCCGCGGGCACAAGCUGCGGCCUUUGCGCGCGGACACCAAGGCUCCGCGCACUGAUUUGCGCGGGGGUGACAGUUAUUCACAGGCGCAGUUCGCACUUGUGAGCUUUAGGCGCAGUCUGUAAUUACCGCCCGCGCGCAGCGUGUUCACACUGCCCGUCGGGGCGGCGAUUUCCAACCCGGCCCGGAGGCAAAGUGCGCAGCGCACUGACCGCGCAGAUCGCGCCCCCACACCGCUGGAAAUCGCCCUACUCCCUGCGCGGCAGAUUGCGCCCCCCCGCGGCGGGGGUAGCUCUCUGCAGGCCGGUGCCCCCUCCCCCUGCACCGCCCCCUCCGGAUCUGGGCGGGGAGCCCGGGCAGCGCUGGCCGCGGAGCGGAGCGAGGCGCUGGAGACACGGAGCCGCCCCCGCUGCGCUGCGCCCCCGCAGACCCUCUCCAGGCCUCGGGGCUGCCCGGGAGCUGGGCGCCCGGCAGCGCUUCGUGGGGCCCCCGGGGCGGGGUGAAGGACCGGGAGCGACUCCACCUGCCCCCCCCCCCGUCAAGGAGGAUCCCACCCCCCCUUCUCCUGCAGGUGAAAUUGCCUCCCCCUCCCGCUCACUGCUGCACCCCCAUGGGUUAAGGAGCAGCCCCCACCCCCGAGUGACUCCAGCUCCCCACCUCUGCCAUGGGGGCCCCCUUGCCGUGACUGGGAUCUACGGGGGGCGAGGGGGAAGCAGGAUCCCCUGCUGGCUCUGACCUGGCCCGGAGCUCCCACCCGGGCCCCCUGGGUGGGGCACGCCCCCUCCCCCUCCCCCAACCCACCAGGCUCCAGAUCCCCCCCCUCCCCGGCAUCUCAGCUUCGGCCUUCCCAGCCGCAGCCCCAUGGCGGCCAAGUGGUUCAAGGAGUUCCCCUCCAGCCUGAAGACGGCCUCCGAGCGGGCCAGGCCAGGCAGCGGGAGCCUGGGCAAGCUGGGCAGCGCCUCCCGGAAGCCCCUGGGCCCCGCCGAGCCGGGCCCCGGCCCACUGCAGGGCAAGAACCGCAAGAACUCGGCGGCCGAGCUGGGGGGCUGCCGGGCGGCUCCGGGGCCCGGCAAGGACGGUGGCAGCCGGCUGUCCCGGGACAACCUGCAGGGGCUGAUCCUGGCUGCCACGGGCAAGAUGCGCAAGAACUCCCGGGCGGAGGGGAGCCCCCAGGAGGGCGCCCCCAAGGGCCCCGGCUGCAGCACCUACAUGAACCGGCUCAUCAAGGUGGACGCCCAUGAGAAGAAUGGGAAAAGCUACCCCGGCAGCAGCCCGUCGCCGGAGGAGGAGAAGGGCAGGAGCCCCAAGCCGGAGACGGUCGUCAUUCUGGAGGACUAUGCCGACCCGUACGACGCCAAGCGCACCAAGGGCCAGCGGGAGGCGGAGCGGCUGGGGGAGAACGACGGGUACAUGGAGCCCUACGACGCGCAGCAGAUGAUAACCGAAAUCCGCAGGCGGGGCUCCAAGGACCCUCUGGUCAAAGCCAUCCUGCUGCUGGACGGGCCCGGGGAGCCGGGGGAGGGCGGCGCCCGGCCGGACGUGGCGCCCAAGCGGCAGGUCUCCAAGGAGCAGCUGGGGAAGGCCCCGCCGCAGCUCUAUGACACCCCCUAUGAGCCCGGGGAGGCGCCGGCCAGCACCCCGCAGGACAGGAGGGCGCGGGCGGUGGAGAGCCGGCUCCCAGAGAACGACGAGCGCCCUGCUGCGGAGUACGAGCAGCCCUGGGAGUGGAAGAAGGAGCAGAUAGUGAAGGCUCUGUCAGUCCAGUUUGAGGGAGCGGAGCGGGCGGGCGCCCCCAAGGACGAGGCGCUGCGGCAGCACCAUCGCCAGAAGAGCUGGACUCCCAAGACCCUGAAGCCGACGCUCCCAGACCACGGCGAGGGCGAGCGAGUGGACCCAGCCCUGGCGCUGGAGAAACAGCCCUGGUACCAUGGAGCCAUCACCCGGGCCGAGGCCGAGAGCCGGCUGCAGCCCUGCAAAGAGGCCGGUUACCUGGUGCGGACCAGCGAGACGGGGAGCGGCAAAUACUCCAUCGCGCUCAAGACCAGUCAGGGAUGCGUCCACAUCAUCGUGGCCCAGACCAAGGACAACAAGUACACGCUGAGCCAGACCAGCGGCGUCUUCGGCAGCGUCCCCGAGGUGGUGCAUCACUACUCCGCCGAGAAGCUGCCCUUCAAAGGGGCGGAGCACAUGACCCUGCUGCACCCCGUGCACAGCAAGCUGCAGUAGCGUGGCCGCGCCCAGCCACCUGCCUGGGGCUUCGCCACGGACUUCGGGGCAGCCAGGGGGCCGGGCGGGCUCGUGUGUGGAGCCAGGUGCAGCGCGGGGGCGGCAGAUGCUCCGGGGCCCACCCUGGACAGAGUCAGAGACCCCGCUCCCCAGCAUGUCUGAUCUCGUUCCAGCCAGGGCGCGGUUGGUGCCCACGUGGGAGCGGCCGCUCAGCCUGCAGGACACUAGCAGGGGCUGCAGUCUGGGAACGCUCUGCCCCACGGAGAGCCCCCUUGGCCCUGCACAGAGCCGGAGCUGCCAGGCUUCGGUGCCGGUAUAAAGGGAUGUAGGGAUCGCCGGAGCGGAUCGUCCCGCAGGCCGGCCAGGGAGGUGCCCCAGCCUCGGGUGACCCCGCGCUGCCUGGGGCUGUCAGCGUGACCCUGGGCAGCAGUGGGCACGGUGCUGAGCCGCUGGUCCUGGUCUCAAUCCCCUUAAGGCCAGAGGGGCCAUUUGGCCUCCCGGGCCAAGCCAGAGCUGCUGUCUGGGGGGGUGAUGUCCCCUUUGGCUCCCUGGGGUCUCUGAUGGUUGUGGGCAGCUGGGGCCCAGCUCCACUGGCACCUUGGCAGCUGUUCUGCUUCCCUAGACUCUCCUGUGCCCAGGGAGGCCCCUUUGCCCCACUGCUUUCUGUCCAGGGCCAGGUGUCUCCCUGCUGGGAGCAUCCUUGUGUCCCUCCCUUGCGAGGUCAUGCCCCCUCCAGGCCUCCUCUCCCCUCCAGUCUGCCCCGCCCCAAGCCAGGGCCAAACGCCUGCAGCCGUCGCUCUCCAGCACUGUCUGCAGCCGGCUGCCCCGCGGGUUACGGGAGCUCCCCAGCGAAUUCCCAGCACGGGCAUGUGCUCAGCUCCCCCAGGCGGGCAGGCCGGUUGGACCAGCUCGGCGUAGGGGCAGGAUGUAUCUUUACACGGAGGCGUGACAAAUGGCAAAGGGAUCCGCUUGGCUUCCUUUUCGCCCGGCCUGAAAUGCUGCUGUUCUGGCCCAGGCCUGUGGGGUGAGGGACGGCCCUAGGGGCGGGGGCCCAGGCCAUGAGAGCCAGUGAUCCGGGAGCUGGCUGGGUAGGAGCCUGGCGGUAGGAGCGGAGGGCAGCCUCUGUGUUCAGGUAGUGCAAGACACCGCCCCCCCCCGGCAGGUGGUAAUGCCCAGCCCCUGCCAGCAGGCAGUAACGCCCAGGGCCCGCCCCGGCAGGUGGUAAUGCCCAGCCUCUGCCAGCAGGCGGUAACACCCAGGGCCCGCCCCGGCAGGUGGUAAUGCCCAGCCCCUGCCGGCAGGCAGUAACGCCCAGGGCCCCCCAGCAGGUGGUAAUGCCCAGCCCCUGCCGGCAGGCAGUAACGCCCAGGGCCCCCCAGCAGGUGGUAAUGCCCACGCGCCUCCAGCAGGCGGUAAGACCCAGGGCCCGCCCCGGCAGGUCUUGCACUAGGUUGCAGGAAGGGCAUUUUUCUGACGCGCUUUCACGUCCCACUGGGGUAACUCCGUGGGCCGAGUCCCAGCGCCGAAGGAAGUGACUCCCACCCGGACUGUGGCUCGGCGCAGGCCCUCUGUGGGCAAGUCCCCCACGGUUUUCCUCUGGGAGCAGCAUUUGACAGAGGGAUUGUUCUGGGCAGCCCCUUGGGCCUGUUCCCAGGGGCCGACCAGCCCCUACUUCUGG